AUGCAAGGUGUUGGCUAUCUUACUCUCGAAGAACUUAUUCAAGGUGAUUCUCAGCAUCCAUGGAUAUCUCAACGUGGUUCUCUUCACAAUGCUGAUCCAAAUAAAUAUAAAAUACCGAUGGCAAAUGAUCUACCAAUUGAUUUUCGUAUUACACUUUUAAGUGCACACGAAUCAAGUGAACAUGCUGUUUGUUAUUCAUCAAAAGCUGUUGGUGAACCACCUUUAUUUCUAUCAGCAACUGUGUUUUUUGCUAUAAAACAAGCAAUCUCAGCUUAUCGUCGAGAAAAGAAACCGUUUAAAUUAAAUAUACCAGCAACAUGUGAACGAAUUAGGAUAGCAUGUAGAGAUCAAAUUGUAGAUUCAGUGAUUCCAGAAGAGGAAGACAAAGAAUUUCAACCGUGUGGUAGUUUUUAG